UCGACAAAUUCUACUGUGCAAACUGCCUUGUUUUACGUGAAAUUUCGUGCUGUCGCUCCAAAACUGAAGGAAUUAGUGCAUGAGGUGGAAAAACGGUGUCCUGCACAUCGAGAAUAUAAUUCUUUGUUAAAUGAUUGCUAUAAUGCGUACUUUUCUGUACGACAACAGUUACUUAUCCCUGUGAUAUACGCAAAGAUUUUGGAGCUGAGUUCUGACGGGCAAGAUAUCUUGACAUUUGCGCGAAACGGAUAUGCAUAUAUGUUGAACCUUUGUUCAGAUGAAUAUUCAUUAUUUUAUAACUUUUUUUCAACGGGUGAAGACGACUUAUAUGGAAACUUGGAUUUAUUAUGCAGUUACAUGUACGACUAUCUUCGUCCUCGUAUUAUUCAUGAAAAUAAUAUUGAGGUUUUAUCAGAACUUUGUACAACUCUUCAAGUACAUCUAAAUCAAGAUACUGAAACGAUUGGAGAGAAAGAAGGACAAGGGCUGCAAUUCAGUCACUUAAUACGUAACGUACUUCAAGAUGCUCAACAACGACUUGUAUUUCGUGUUCAAACAUAUAUUCGAAGCGAAAUACAAAAUUUUAUCCCAAACCCGUCAGACGUGAACUAUCCCACUAAGUUAAAAGAAUUAAGUGACACACCGUCAUCCAAUGGCAUCGCUGAACCUACUGAAAUUCAACGACCAACUUCAUCGCCAGCUAUACUAGCGGUUCAACAAGAUAACGAUGAUGUUGAAUCUAUGAAAACAGUAUCUUCAACAUCCUCAACGAAUGUUAUCGAUACUGGAGAAUUAUACCGUGGAUGGUUCCCCACAUUGCAACGCACUUUAUGGAUACUGUCAAAACUUUAUCGGUGUGUUAAUCCUACAAUAUUUGAUGAUAUUGCUCAAGACGUUGUUGAUUUAUGUUUGCAAUCUCUGUUAACUACAAGUGAAAUAGUAGCAAAAGAGAGCAAACUUGAUGGACAGCUUUUCUUAAUAAAACAUCUCCUAAUACUUAAAGAUCAAAUAGCUUCAUUUGAUACGCAAUUUAUACACGAAGAAAAAGAUUUGGAUUUUUCACAAAUAACGAAUGCACUUAGUGAAAUAUUACAAAAUAAAUAUUCAAUUCUUAGCCCAACCACUUUAUUUGGUUUGGCAUCAAAAGGCAUCCCAAAAGUUGUCGAGAAUAGGAUUGAUUCAAAACAAGAAGUCGAUAAAGAGCUGAAACAUAUAUGUGAAGAGUUCAUCAUGGAUAGUUCCAAAGCAGCUAUUGAACCAUUAUCAUCGUUCUUAAUGAAG